UUUUCUAAUCCUAACAGAAUUUCGGAAAAUUUCCAAUCAGACAACAGGAGAUAUAAAAUGUGAACAGCGAGAGUGAAAUGUCAGCCAAGGAUUUGCAAAAUAAUUUUUAAUAGAAGUCAAAAUAUACUUUAUUGAUAUAAUAAAAUAAUUUCAGAAGUUUGGUAAUACAUACAUGUUAGCGUAAUAAAGGAAAAACAUCUGACUACGAAAGGGAUAUCACUGAAAACAAAAGUUCAAGAUAGUUCUAGUGGCGGGAUUACGUUAAGAACAUUUCUGAGAGUGUAUACAAGUUCAUUAAAUUUAUUAGCAAUGGAACCGCCUUCUACAUUUCAUCCAUGCGAUGAGGCUGUGAUUGCUACAAAUGAUGAUGCCAGCGAUUGUAAGCGGUGUGCAGUUCGAUUAGGAUAUUGGAAAGAUGACUAUAUUGGAUAUUUUGUACGAAAUCAGGAUAGAAAAGCGCCUGAGAUAAAUCGAGGCUAUUUCGCGCGUGUGAAAGGUGUCGAAAUGUGCAUAGAAAAGUUUCUGAAGAAAACUGAUGGAAAUUGCCAAAUUAUAAAUCUUGGGUGUGGAUUCGAUACACUAUACUUUCGACUGAAGGAUACACCACACCAAGUAAAAAACUUUAUAGAAUUAGAUUUUCCAACGGUUACAGCACGAAAAUGCUACACAAUUAAGCGCAAUAAAGCAUUGCUUGCGAAAAUCCAUGACGAGGAUGGAGAAGUUCGUCUUAGCACAACAGACUUACAUGCCCCCAACUACCAUCUGAUGGGUGUAGACCUUAGAAAUUUGGAAGAAUUAGACAAUAAGCUGCAGCAAGCAGAAAUUGACUACAAACUUCCUACGAUAUUCCUUGCGGAGUGUGUGUUGGUUUACAUUGAAGCACAGAAUUGUAAGAAUUUACUCAAGUGGAUAUCCAGCAAAUUCAGCACUGCUGUAUUUGUCAACUACGAGCAGGUCAAUAUGAAUGACAGAUUCGGAGAAGUGAUGUUAAAUAACUUACGUGGGCGUGGCUGUAGUUUAGCUGGUGUUGAAUCGUGCAUUUCCUUGGAUACUCAAAUGGGUCGAUUUCUGGAAUGUGGUUGGAAUGGAAGUCGCGCUUGGGAUAUGGUACAGGUUUACCAAAGUAUAUCCCCAACCGAACGACAACGUGUUGAAAGACUAGAGAUGCUUGAUGAAGCCGAACUUCUCAUACAGUUAUUCCAACAUUAUUGCCUUGUCAUAGCUUGGAUAGGAGAACUCUUCCAGGAUAUUGAGAUUACAGUGGAAAAGCGUAUGUCAUCACUGAACAUUGAUUAAAGGAGUGCAUGCAAUUAUAAAAGCAUUCUCUGCGAUCCACAAACCCAGUGUAAAGCAUUGUAGGGAAUGAUGACACUCGACAAGAAUUGCUUAAUUAACUCGGGAGCACCGUAUGCUAUUCUGCUACUUUUAUUAACGUUAUUUUUUAUAUUGAAUGAAAAGUUUCAUGGCUAUUUGUGUACUUUAAGAAUUGAACUAUGUAAAAUAUAGUUUCUUUGUUUGUAAGGUAUAGGCGAAUUUGCAAGAUACAUUUUCUAUGUAAUUUAUAUGUAAAAAUUUAUAACAAACAAACAAAAAAUCCAAUUUAUUAUAAUGUUUCUAAGUGUUAACAAAAUUUGUCCUAUGUUUAUUUCCAUAACUUCUUAACAUCAUAUUUUCCUCCAUCAAAGUAUUUAUCUGAGUGUGUGUCGUCGUGUUUAACACUUAACAAAAGAAUCAAAAUGAAUACUAAUAAAGCUGAAAGAGGAGCCAAAUUCAAUAUAGUAUAUGUAUAUGUGUAUAUGUAAAAGAAUGUUUUGAAGAUAGUUUUGGAAACUCUCCAUAAAUAAAAAUGUUUGAAUUGUAAAAAAA